CUCAAAAAAUAAAGGGCAGCUGAUCUCGAUAGGCACACGCUAAAACUCACCCUCUCCUCCCUCAAAAUUGAAAGAAGAAAGAAAAGAUGCGACGAACCCUAGCGGCGUAGCCCCCCAGCCCCGUAGCACGCAGCCGCCGUAGCCACCGCAGCCCCACAGCCCGGCAUAGCCCACCGCCACCGCAUCUCCUCUCCUCUGUUGGAGCUCUCUCUGUUUUCGCCGUGUCGCGCCGUCACUCCCCCUUCCUCUUCGCCGCCGAGCUUAAAGGUUUUGAGAACAAGCGAAGAGGUGAACUGAAAGUAAUAAAAGUUUUCCAGGUAUAUGGGUUAAGAUCGUUAGCUUCAAGCACAAAGCAUCAUAAUAUUUGAUAUGGAUAAAUCAUUAGGAUUGAGGAUAUCUGUUCCUACUUUCCUUUGACAGAACAUAUAUUCAUUAUUCAAGUGAUAAAGUUGAAAGUGGAAGAAAUGUUAUAUUUAUUUUGGCUGAGCUAUUUGACAAGUUUCUCCAUGGCUCAACCUUAGAUGAAUGCUAUUCAGCUAUUGCUGUUGUGGCAGGCUUGAUCUUCUUGAUGUGUGCUAAAGAUUCAUGACUGUGGUAUGCCUUGUCAAGCAGCGUGUUCAAGAGAUGAUGACCACGAAGGAAGUAAGACUGAAACCUUAGCUACGGAGUUCCAUCUGUUCGAGGCACGUAACAUAUUUUCUCCCUUAUUAGCCACGUGUCGUUAAGUGGUUGGUCUGUGACACCGCCUAACAACAAAAAGAACAAUAGAAAUAACCUCAGCUCCACCACCUUCACCGUCAGAAGAAACAGGAAAUUUAACGAUGAGAAACUUUUUCCGAUUAGCAGCACGGGCACGACAUCCCCUCCGAACGCCCAAAUCCGCGGCGGAGAACAGUGUAGUUUCCAUCAUCCACCCCGUGCGCACAACGGCGUCGUUUCACCGCCACUACCACAAUGCCUUUUAUUCCUCCGCCUCUCCACUACCAUCACUCAAAUCUUCCCCCUUCUUGGGAUUCGGAGGGCAAAGGAGGAACAUGUUCAUCCAAACGCAGCCUACACCGAAUCCUUCGUCUCUGAUGUUCUAUGCCGGGAAGCCUGUCAUGGAAGUUGGAAGCGCCGACUUCCCAAACGCGCGUUCGGCUAUGAAUUCGCCUCUCGCUAAAUCAAUCUUUGGAAUUGAUGGGAUUACUAGGGUUUUCUUCGGGUCUGAUUUUGUUACCGUGACGAAAUCUGAUGAUUCUUCUUGGGAGUUGUUGAAGCCUGAGAUAUUUGCGGCCAUUAUGGAUUUCUACUCCUCUGGUCAGCCGUUGUUUUUGGACUCUAAAGCUGCUGCAGCCAUGGAUACAGCUAUUCAAGAGGAUGAUUCCGAAACUGUUGCAAUGAUCAAGGAAUUGUUGGAGACUCGUAUUCGGCCGGCUGUUCAAGAUGAUGGUGGAGACAUUGAAUAUCGAGGAUUUGAUCCGGAUACUGGAAUAGUAAAACUUAAGAUGCAAGGAGCAUGUAGUGGGUGCCCAAGUUCUUCGGUGACUUUGAAAUCCGGCAUUGAAAAUAUGUUGAUGCAUUAUGUACCUGAGGUCAAAGGAGUUGAACAAGAACUGGAUGCUGAAGAUGAAGCAGAAGCAUUAAGUGGACAAAUGGAAUAGUAGAACUUGUUCCACAUUUACACUUUGUUUGGAUAUAGAAAAAGAAAAUGGAAGGAAAGAAAACAGGAGAAGAGAAAAUGGAAGGAAGAGUAGAUUUCUUUGUGUGUUGUUUGGAUGAAGAAAAAAUAAUGGAAAGAAAAUAGAGUUUUUUUUUUUUUGGAUACUUUGUAGAGUUGCAUGAAUUACCCUAUCCCUUAAUAGGAUAAUUGCUGGCCUUCACUUUAAAUUGCUGGCGAUUUACACAAUCACACAAGUGCCUAGGUAUUGUGGUAUAGUCCACAUCUACUUUAUGCCUGACUGAAGCCUAAGACGCUUGUAUUAAUUGCAUAACAGGGGCCACUCGUGUAAUGUAAUAAAAUCCCUUGAUUCAUAGUAAUUAAUGACCAUUGAAUAUGGAAAGUUGUCUGUUAAA